AUGAAUUGUGGAAUACGUUUAUUCGCUUUAUUCUUCCUUUUAGUUGUCAAUCUUUCUUCCUUUACUGAAGUCGAUUCUGCUAUUGGACCUCCUUGGACCUGGCCUACCCACCCUUAUAGACAGGGACGUUCAGUUCCAUUCCAAGACAUGAGAGCUCGACGUCAUGCAACAUCAAUUGCAAUAAAUAAGAACUCAAGAACUUUAGCUAAAAUUAUUUCUGAUCUAAAUUCUUAA